UUUUUUCUUCCUUCCUUUCUUUCUUUUCUCUUUCUUUCUUUCUCUCUCUUUUUUCUUUCUCUCUCUCUUUCUCUUUCUUUCUUUCUUUCCUUCCUUCCUUUCUUUCUUUCCUUCAAGAUCGAUCUAUCUAUCUAUCUAUCUAUCUAUCUAUCUAUCUAUCUAUCUAUCUAUCUAUCUAUCUACGUAUGUAUGUGUAAAUACACUGUAGACACCCCAGAAGAGUAUCAGAUCCCAUUACAGAUGGUUGUGAGCUACCAUGUGGUUGCUGGGAUUUGAACUCAGGACUUUCGGAAGAGCAGUCAGUGCUCUUAACUGUUGAGCCAUCUCUCCAGCCCCCCACAGUUUCUCUUGCAACCUCAAACAAAUCUCUUUGAUUCAUUUUGCAACAGAAACCCUCAAUUACUGUCCUCAUGGACUCUUCCUUCACUGCCAAAGUCCAUAGAGAACUCUCAGAUCUGCUGUGUCUUAGGGUUUCUAUUGCUGUGAAAAGACAUGAUGACUAUGACAAUGCCUAUUAAGGAAAACAUUUAAUUGGGACUGGCUUACAGUUCAGGUUUAGUCCAUUAUCAUGGUUGGAAGCAUGGCAGUGUGGGGGCAAGCAUGGAACUGGAGAAGAAGCUGAAAGUUCUCUGUCUUGAUCCAUAGGCAUCAAGGAGAGACUGACAGUUUAUUGAAAAGUUUAAGCUGAUUGUUGGACUACUCGAAACAAAAGGAUUCAUUUCAAAAUAUUAGUGCUGAGAACAUGGCUGGGUCACUGCCAUGCCCCACACCCCAAACCAGCCCAACCAAAAUAAAAUCCCAGAAAACAAAACACACACACAGCUUUUUAUCUCAAAUAAGAAACAAUUUAUUCUGGAGUCACAUAGUGAUCAUGGCCUGUGAACACAGACUCAAAUUACCCCAAAGUUAACAUUUCAACAUGGUAUCAGUUUCAUGAAGUUUUUUAUAGUAAUAGGAAAAGAAAGCCAUAAAUCUUUUUUUUUUUUUUAAACCCCCUGAGACAGGGUGUUAUGGUAUGGUUCUAGCUGGCUUGUAAAAGACCUGCCUGCUUCUGCCUCUUGAAUGCUGGGAUUAAAUCCUUGGACCACCAUGCCCAGCAUUCAUUUUUUCCUCCCAAAGAAGUUUUAAAUUGGGUGUGGUAACAAACACCUUUACUUCUAGCAUUCAAGGAGGUACAGGUGGCCAAAUGUCUGAAUUUAAGGCUAACCUGGGCUACAGAGUGAGUUUUAGGAUAAUCAGGCUAUACACGGAAACCCUGUCUUGAAAAGCCAACAAAACAAAACAAAAAACCCCAAUAUUCUCAGGAGAAGCUAAAAAUAUUAUUAUGGGAAAUUUCAAAAGAAACUAAUUCUAAUCUUCAUGUCUCAGUUUGAGGGUUUCAAAAUUUCACUGUACCCAGCAGUAGUAGUAAGGGAGAUAGCAGCAGAGUGUGAGGAUUGGACACAAUUACUACCAAUAGAUUAGUGGAGAAAGUAGUUUAUUUCUAUACAAUUACACUUAUAAUCUUCAACAGUAGGGACAAAAAAUACUUUAAAAAUUACAUUUUGGGGGUGGGUGGUGGGUGGGCAUGCACAUGCUAUGGUACACAUAUGGCAGCCUGAGGACAACUCACUAGAGUCAGUUCUCCUCUUGUACCAUGUCGGACAUGAGGAUCAAAUUCAGGCAAGUGCCUUUCCCAGCUGAACCAUAUCAAAAUCUGCUCUUUAACAGUUUCCUCCAAGAUUAAAACCUUCCACCAGAGGAGGCAGCUCAUUCAGACACAGGAUGUUCAUAGGGAGGUGAAACAACCAAUCCAGCAGGGACGGACGCUCAGCAAUCACGAACCUCGGGAAGGAAACAACUCAAAGUAGCGUCAACAAGUCCCUGAAACCAACAAAAAGAUUCACUAUACUCCUCUCUCCCCAAAUGUGUAGAUAAGCAGUAGACUGUUUGAAAUAUACUCUCAGACAAACCAAGCUGCCUAGAACAGCAGUCUUAGGUCUCAGCAAAAUCAGUUAUGAAGUAGCAACAAAAAUAAACUUAUGGUUGGGAGUUCCUAAGACCAUGAGAAAUGUGUGUUUUUCAAUGAUCAUGACUCACAGGCUGAAAACUGCUAGGCUAGAAGAAUAUCACACAAGACAUGUUGCUUACAAGAAGCAGAGACUUGGAAAGUUGCCUCAAAGAUGCUCAGAACACUUCAACUGCCUAGAAAAGAUAUCUUCUAAGCUGUUGAGCUGCCAACGAGUCCAACAGCAAGCCCCAGGUUCCCAGCUUAUGUGAACUGUCACUUAUACUGGAGUGGGAUUUUGGCAAUGGCAUCUCUUCUCUGUAAAUAAACCUAUUAAAACUCUAUUGUUCACCAACUCAGACUUUGGUGGUAUCCUUACUUUGUUUGGUCUAUCAUGUUCCCCAUCUGGUUAGAAGACAUUUGUUCCCGUCUCUCCCCAGGAAUAGAGUCACACAACACAAUCCCAGAAAGUAGUUUCUUAAAAUGGAUUCUGCUUCAGAUGAAGGUGCAAUGGAUACUAUGAGAAUGAUACCCAAAGACUUACAACAUUAAAUAAACUCACUGUUAUUGCUUUCCUUGGUCAUUGUGAUGGUGACAAGAGGCAAACUAAUGGGAGUGGGGUUUACUGUGGCUACAUCUUGGCAGGGAAGGCAAGGUAGUGGGGACCACUCUUGGCUGCAGCAGGAAUGUGAGGCUACUGGCUCAUUUCUAAGCAGAUUAGGAAGCGGACAGGACAGGAAGCAGAGCUGGGCUAUAAAUAUUAAGGCUUUCUCCACCCCCUCAACCAGUACUUCCUCUAGGCAAGCCCUGUCUUCUAAACGUUCCACAAUUUUUCAAAACAGCUGAGGACCAAAUGUUCAAACAUUUGAACUUGUUGGGUGCAUUUGACAUCUCAACACUGGCUAAAGCAGAAGCAAGGUUCUAUUGCAAGCAAAAUGCUACCAGAUAGCAUCCUGUGUUACUGGGGUAUGGGAGUUGGGUCCCAUAAACAUAAACAGUUGCACAAAAAAUGAAACAUUUCAAGAUAUGAAAAUAAAAAAAUUUUAAAAAAAGGACAGAAUUUCUGAAGAAAAGCUGAAAGGAAAUGAACUUGGGAAGUCAAACAAACAGCUCAGAAGCAAGUAUUCUGGACAGAGUGGACAGGGUGGAAAAGAGACUAUGAGGAUACACAGACAAGGAAGAGGAAUAAAUCUAACAGUCAAGGGAAAUGUUAAAGACAAAAAACCAAAACCGAUUAUACAGGAAAUCUGAAAUAUAAAAAGACCAAUGGCUAGGCAGUAGUGGCGCUCACCUUUAAUCCCAGUGUUCAAGAGGAAAAGGCAGGAUCUCCAAGUUCGAGGCCAGCCUGGUCUACAGAGUGAGUUCCAGGACAGCCAGAGCUACACAGAGAAACCCUGACUUGAAAACAAAUGAACUAACAAACAAAAAACAAAACAGGCCAAAUCUAUGAAUAAUAAGUAUAUAAAAAAGAAGAAAUGCAGGUCAAAGACCCAGAAAUAUCUUCAACAAAAUUAUGGGAUCUAAGGAGUUUUUUAUUAAGGUGCAAGAGACAUACAGAAUACCAGAACCAGAGACGAAAUUACCAGUCACAUAAUAAAAACAUUUAAUAUACAGAACUAGGGAUAUUGAAAACAACAAGAGAGACCAAGUCACAUAUAAAGGCAGGCAUACCAGAUUAAUGCCUGACUUAAAUGGAAGCUUUGAAAGUCCUUGGUUCUACAAGUACUAGGACUACAGAUGCCAGCCAAGACUAAUAUGCAAGUAAAACUAUCAGGCAUAAUCGAAGGAGAAAGAAAAUGUCUAUGAUGAAAAACAGAUUUAAGCAAUUUAUAUCCAUUAAGCCAAUUGUAUGAAGGAUAAUACUAGAAGGAAUAGUUCAGACUGAAGAAAAGAUUAAACAUAUCCAAGGGGACCACACACAAUUCCAGAAAAGCUAACCAACACAAGUUUAAGAAAAUACUAGUCACAACAAAAUAACAGGAAUUAAUAAACUGUUAAACAAGACUUCAUAUUAAUGUUUAAAAUUUCUAAUAGGGGUUGUAGAGAUAGCUCAGCAGUUAAGAGCACUGACUGUUCUUCCGAAGGUCUUGAGUUCAAAUCCCAGCAACCACAUGAUGGUUCACAACCAUCCAUAACGAGAUCUGAUGCCCUCUUCUGGUGUGCCUGAAGACAGCUACAGUGUACUUAAAUAUAAUAAAUAAAUCUUAAAAAAAACCACAAACAAACAUUUUCUAAUAGACGGAUAGCCUGGAUUAGAAAACAGGAUCCAUUGUUUUGCUGCCUCUCAGAAACAUACCUCACUAACAAUAACAGACACCUCCUUAGGAUAAAAAAACCAAAAAACAAAAAAACCCAGAAAGAGCAUUCCAAACAAAUGUUGCCAAGAAGCAAGCAGUUGUAGCUAUUCUAAUAUCUGAAUGAAAAAAUAGAAUACUAUUUGUUCCCCUAAGUUCUCUUUUGAGAAAAAAAAUUCAACACACUCUCUAAAAUAAUGUACUGUGUCUUUGUGCCAAGGAAUCCACUAGAUGCCAGUUCAGAAUUAAGAGGCCUGUUUGGAAUCCUGCCUCUAACACUUAAGGUUCUUGGUAAUUGGAGAUAAGUUAUUCAACACAAUUCCUCACUGGGAAAGACAAGGCUAAUAUAAUAACACCUGUCAGAGAAUUAUUUUGAGCACUGAGUGAGGCAUUAUUAACAAGAUAUGCUCAGUGGGUGGCAUUUAAUAAACAAGGGCUAGGCUGUCAAGGCUUGGUAGUUAAGAGCAGCAGUGUAUUCUUCCAGAGGACCCAGGUUCAAUUUCUAGCACCCACAUAGUACUUACAACCAUCUGUAACUCCAGUUCUAGGGGAUACACACCCUCUUUUGACAUCCUCUAGUCUUGCAGGCACCAGGCAUGCAAGACACACACAUGCAGGCAAAACACACACAUAUAUUAAACUAAAAAAAAACAAAACAAACAACCCUCCCAGCUAUAUAUAAUUUUUGUUUCUAUGUAGUUUUCUGAAUCCAUGUAGAACAUGAAAUAUUCUUUUUUUUUGUUAUUCUUAAUAAAUAUUCUUAGUGUAAAGUACAAAAAGUAAAAUUAAAUGUGGUCUUUUCUGAAAACUUGAUCCUUCUGACUCUUUACAACUCUAGAGUAGCCUUACAAAAAUGAUCUGGAAGGCUGGGAAUGUGGCAUGGUUAACAAAGACCCAGUCUGGCACACACCAGGUCUUGGAUUUGAUCCCCAGUACCAUUGUUAUCUGCUUGGGGGUAAAAACUAGAAGAUCAGGAAUUGAAGGUCAUUCUAGUUACAUAGAGGCUAGCCUUGGCUACAUAAGCCCCUUAAAAGGGGGGGGGGGAACCAAACAAAUAGAGAUUGUUUUAUAAAACAAAAAUUACUAGAAAGUGGAAAUUAAAAAAACAAUAAUAUAGCUCUGGAUGGUAUAUUUAUAGAUAUUAAUGUUAAAAUUGUUCCAUGCUUCUAAAUUCUUACUCUUUCUUAAUGUCUUGUCUAGUCACAAAGGGUCUGAAGACUGCACCAAUGAACCAGACUUCCAGUUGCAUUUUUGUAGAAUAACUAAAGCUGAAUCUCAUGAAGUCAACGGGAUGGAAGGGAGCACUGCCCCUAGGCCAGGUGUCACACCACACAGCCAUCUAGUGGCAUCCUUCUACCCUUAAAACAUAAUCUAGGAUCAAAAACCACUGGCUUCUAGGGUCAAAUUCACAAUCCUUUAGUUUAGCAUUCAAGGUUUGCUGGUCUAUUCGCAGACUUUUCUAGGGGGCUAGUGCUAGGACACUCAGGGGCACUGCUAAUGACAGGGAGAGGGCAGGCAGGCACUCCAAGGCUGCGUUUCCCUCUUCUUUUGUGUUUUGUUUUUCUUUUCUUUCUUUCUUUCUCUUUCUUUUUUGAUAUAGGAUCUAUCUAGACUCACCUGCCUCUGCCUUCCAAGUGCUAGGAUUAUCCAACUGAAAUCUUAAUCCAGAAAUUCUUUUUUGGUUUUUCGAGACAGGGUUUCUCUGUAAAGCCCUGGCUGUCCUGGAAUUCACUUUGUAGACCAGGCUGGCCUUGAACUCAGAAAUCCACCUGCCUCUGCCUCCCAAGUGCUGGGAUUAAAGGCAUGUGCCGGGCUGGUGAGAUGGCUCAGUGGGUUAGAGCACCCGACUGUUCUUCAGAAGGUCCAAAGUUCAAAUCCCAGCAACCACGUGGUGGCUCACAACCAUCUGUAACAAGAUCUGACGCCCUCUUCUGGAGUGUCUGAAGACAGCUACAGUGUACUUACAUAUAAUAAAUAAAUAAAUAUUUAAAAAAAAAAAAAAAAAAGGCAUGUGCCACCACGCCCGGCUCAGAAAUUUACUUUUAAAACAUUAACUUUAGUUUAAAAUUAAGCAUGGCUUAAUCACUACAAAACUUUUUAAUGUCUGGAGCCAGGUGGAUAGGUAAACCAACUUUUCAAUUUAAUGAAAUCAAGUAUUGAGAUAUGCUUUUAAAAUUAUUUAUAUACUAGAUUUCAAAUAGUGAGAAAGGAAUAAAACUGUACUUCAUAUAGAUCAAAGACAUUAAUUUCACUUUCUUUCCUUUCUUUUUUGGCUUUUUGAGACAGGACUUCUCUGUAUAGCUUCACCUGUCCUGGAACUCUGUAUUCAGACUGGCCUUGAACUCAGAUCCAACAAGAGGCCUUUGCUUCUGGAAUGCUGGGAUUAAAGGUGUGUGUGUGUGUGCGCGCCUCUACCGCCUGGCUCACGUUUACUUUUAAUGAGGUUACUACAAAAUUCUGUGCAGCUUAUACUUUUACCUGACGUUAGUAGCUCAGGCAAUCACCCUCAAAGCUUAGACAGCACUACUGUUUCCUUUUCCCUCACUCCACACUUAAUGAACAAGACAGAUUAUGCCUAAUAACUUUCAUGGAACCAUCUGCUUUCUCCAUCUCUACUGUUGUCUGUGUGACUCCAUUCUUGAAACUUUCAACGGUGACUUCAUCUUCCCGAAGCUGCAGACUUUUAAUCCUUCCCACCUUCCCUUUGCUCCCCUAGACAUCAGCCUACUGGCCUUCUGGAGGUACCCUUAAACUUCACAAACUGCCCCACUUCUUUCCAGUGACCGCUUAGCUCAGACACCACCUCAGGGGAGACUACUUGGAACCAAGUGCCAGUAUUUUGUCUGUUUUUUUUUUUUUUUUUCCCACUUGGAGAACUACUUUAUCCAGUUACCCUUUCAUUUUGUGAAAUUAUUAUAGGAUAUUAUCCUUCAUCCAUUUUAAAACUCUAGUUGUUCUUCCUUUUACCAGCAACAGUAGCUGAAGCCAUGUUCUUAGCUGCUACUUUUAUCUUCUCUAGCUCACAGAACAGGACUAUAAGAAUGGGCACUCCACACCGAGCAGUGGUGGCGCACGCCUUUAAUCCCAGUACUUGGGAGGCAGAGGCAGGCAGAUUUCUGAGUUCGAGGCCAGCCUGGUCUACAAAGUGAGUUCCAGGACAACAGUCAGGGCUACACAGAGAAACCCUGUCUCAAAAGAGAGAAAAAGAAUGGGCACUCCAGCACUGCUGAAGGAAUGAACAGAGCUGAUUAGACAGGCCCAUAGGCUUUCCAUGGUCACACAGAAGCUUCAUCUUCCCUAGCAGUCCUCUCCCUUUGCUUUUUUCAGUGAACACACUGCCAACCCUCAAGUACUCUGACAAACUUGAGUCACCUUCCUUGACAUCUCCUUCAGGCAUUCUCACAUCCAGUCAAGCAUUCUCCAAAUUCCUAACAAGCAGUUGUGAUUUCCUUGAUUCCUACUUGUGACUACCUCAACCUGUGUAGUCAGUUUUCCAAACUACUGCUUCUCCAUGCCUGGGGCGUUUUUACUGAAUAGCUACCAGUCAAAAACACCAACUCAUUAAGGAGACAUUCAAGGAGGUCACUCAACCUCUACAGGUCCAUUUCUGGGAAUGAUCGAAAUCAUCUCUCUAGUUCUGCAUUACUGUUCCCUUCGACUGGAUGGCCUUCACCAAUUUCUGAUUUCUAUAUAACUUUUAUAUAGCUAUUUGAUUCCUCUGUAAGGUUACUGUGUGUGUCUGUUUGUGGCAGGGGAAUAUUCCUGCAAUCACACCACAUUCAGCUUUUCUGGCAUAACCACUGAUGAUGUAUACUCGUCUAGAUGCUAUAGCACAAUUAAGGCAAUUAACUAUUUACUCAAAAUAUUAUGGAAAGGAAUAACAAUUUAAAAAAAUUCAUAAGAGCUGGCAGUAUUGGUACACCCCUCUAAUCCCAGCACCUGGGAGGCAGAGGCAGGUAGACCUCUUUAAGUUUGAGCCCAGCCUGGUCUACAGAGUGAAUUCCAGAGCAGUCAGAGCUUCACAAAGCGAGACCCUAUCUCAAAACCAACCAACCAACCAAACCUAACCAAAAACCCCUGAAAUAAAAUAUUAAAUAAAAAGAAAAAACAUGAACUAUGCUCUCCCCAUUCUGUUUACUUUGCUAUGUCUUACACUGGCUACAAACUUUCACUAUAUAAAUAAGAAAGGCAGCCGGGCGUGGUGGCCUUUAAUCCCAGCACUCGGGAGGCAGAGGCAGGCAGAUUUCUGAGUUCGAGGCCAGCCUGGUCUACAAAGUGAGUUCCAGGACAGCCAGGGGCUAUACAGAGAAACCCGGUCUCGAAAAACCAAAAAAUAAGGGCAAGUGUCCUUAUCUGAGGACAGACACACACAAACACAAAUGAAGUCUGUAAACAAUUUGGAUCUCAUUUAAGCCAUUUUGCUCCUAGGUUAUUCUCGGUUGUCUCCGAUAUUCUCAUUCCUAGAUACCUGACGCCAAAAGUUCCACGGGUAGUGGACUUUUCGGUGAAAUAUAUCAAAGUGGAACUUUGAAAAUCGCAUGUGAAGUAAAUUUAUAAGGCUUUUCCUUCACAAAUCAUCAUCUCCCAAUCAACUCUUGGUUCAUUGAAAGUAAAAUACGUCACUAGGCAUGGUGGUACGCGCCUUUAAUCCCAACAAUUGAGAGGCAGAGGCAGGCGGAUUCUUUUGAGUUUGAGGCCACCCUGGUCUACAAAGCCAGUUCCAGGUCAGGCAGGGCUGUUACAGAGAAACCUUGCCUCGAAAACAAAUCAACAAAAAUCCUGACAAUACAGACAGGAGAAAAGCGUCACUAUUACAACAUUAAAAAAAAAAAAAGCCACAGAAACAUCCACGUCACACACGACCAGUUUACACCAGGUGAAGAGGACAGGCAUCCUUUGUUCCCGCACAGGCCCCACAACCAGCGAUUCCGGGUACCUUCCAGGACCACGGUAAGUUAAAUCUUAGGUACCCGGCUGCCCUUCCGCCUGCCGGGAAUCUGCUAGAACACCCCAUAGUCAAGUCCAAGCUCCAAGCGUCCCGAAAUGCCGGCACUUUCCGUGUCACGCCGGGGGAGAACUUAGCACACGCACCCCUAACUCCCACACAUCCCGCCCCGCGACGCGGCGCGGAACACCCAGCCGCGCACAGGGCCACCGCAGCGCUCACCCCGCUGCCGCGCAGGCGCCGGGCGAGCCGGGACUUGCGGUCGCCCCGCGGAUCAUUCCGCCGCAGCCUUUGUGUGGCCGAACGCUAGAAAUGGCUUAUUUCCUUUCUCCCCGUUUAAAGUCAGAAGCAGACCCUCUCAUCCCUUUCUCCCGCCGGAACGGGGCUGGGGGAGGGCGGCGGCAGGCUCGCUCCCGGGGCCAGUGGGGCGGAAACGGGCGCGGGUUGGCGAGGCCGCCGCAGGCAUGCUGGGAGCUCGGCCGCCGUGUCCCUCCGCGCCGACGGGGACUUUUCGGUGGGGAUUUUGGGCGCCGAGCAGACGCGGCAUUUUCGGAAAAUAGCGCCCUGUGCAGCGAAGCGCUCUGUGUGUGGCGGGGCCGCGUCUGCCCUGACGGCUCCGAGGCGCCGCGGUCCCCGCACCUCCUCCCGCUGCUCCCCCGCCGCCGCUCCCGAAGCUUUUCCAGAUGUCCCUGGUAGAUUUGGGGAAGAAGCUUUUAGAAGCGGCACGAGCCGGUCAAGAUGAUGAAGUUCGCAUUUUGAUGGCAAAUGGAGCUCCUUUUACUACAGACUGGUUGGGAACUUCUCCACUUCAUCUGGCCGCACAGUAUGGGCAUUUCUCUACCACAGAGGUUCUUCUCCGAGCCGGUGUAAGUAGAGAUGCCAGGACCAAAGUGGACCGGACACCACUGCACAUGGCGGCUUCUGAGGGCCAUGCCAACAUAGUAGAAGUUUUGCUUAAGCAUGGUGCUGACGUCAAUGCAAAGGAUAUGUUAAAGAUGACAGCUCUGCAUUGGGCAACAGAACAUAAUCAUCAAGAGGUGGUGGAGCUUUUAAUCAAAUAUGGUGCUGAUGUACACACGCAGAGUAAAUUUUGUAAAACUGCAUUUGAUAUUUCAAUAGACAAUGGAAAUGAAGAUUUAGCAGAGAUAUUACAGAUUGCUAUGCAGAACCAAAUCAACACCAACCCGGAGAGUCCUGACACUGUGACAAUACACGCUGCCACACCACAGUUCAUCAUUGGACCCGGAGGGGUGGUGAACCUCACAGAUGAAACAGGAGUAUCUGCUGUUCAGUUUGGAAACUCCUCUACGUCAGUAUUAGCUACGUUAGCUGCCUUAGCUGAAGCUUCUGCCCCAUUGUCCAAUUCUUCAGAAACUCCAGUGGCCACAGAGGAAGUGGUUACCGCAGAAUCUGUGGAUGGUGCAAUUCAGCAAGUAGUUAGCUCAGGGGGUCAGCAAGUCAUCACGAUAGUUACAGAUGGAAUCCAGCUGGGGAAUUUGCACUCCAUACCAACCAGUGGGAUGGGUCAGCCCAUCAUUGUGACGAUGCCCGAUGGACAGCAAGGAGAGAGAAGCGCUUCAGAAACAGCUGGAUGAAGCCAACCGAGAGGCCCAGAAAUACCGACAGCAGCUGCUUAAGAAGGAGCAGGAGGCAGAGGCCUACAGGCAGAAGCUGGAGGCCAUGACACGCAUCCAGACCAACAAAGAAGCCGUUUAGCUGCCAUGAACACCAGUUUGCUUUUACCUUUUGUCCAGAAAGAAUAUAGUCUUGAACUGUACACAGUAAGGACACAGCCAUGGGAAUACCGAAUAAUAGAAAAUACUACAGCUUGAUAACGGGACUUAAGCCAUGAGCUCUCAAUUCUUGUAAUAUAAAACUUUAGAACUUGUGAAAUGUAUUUAAAACUGAAUUCUGUAAAUAGUUUUUUGGUUGUUUCUUUUUUUACUGUUAUAAAUGAGUUGAUGAAGCUUGUUGCUGAGAUCCAGAGGCCACAGCAAGCCACUGUUACGGGGAAUUCUUUUUGAUUUCGGUGCAGACUUAAUUUCUCAGAAACAGAAGUUGUAAGCGUGGUUGUUGUCUCUUAGACCAAAUGUGGAACAAUUAUGGUGGACUGAUGCUGGAAAUACUCUGCAAAGAGAUUUCGCCCAGGAACUUUUGUACAGCUUUUAAGUUGUCUCAGGUUCUCUGAAAACAUUUUUUAGGAAGCAGAAAUUUUAUAUUUGUUCUAUUUCAGCUACAUGCAAGUAGAUUUACAUGUAUAUGAAGCAAAUAUUUUUAAAAUUUUGUUUGUACAUAUCCUGCAUGUUUUAUGAUUUUAAAACACAUCCCUUGCUUAGGUAUGUCUCCUACAAAGACGAUGAAAGUUACCAAGAAAAAAACCAAGGCACCACUGUCGUUCUGCCGGUCGUUGAGAGUGAGUAAGCUCACAGCUGGUUUUACUGGCGACCAUGACAAUGUUCUUGGAGCAGCUUGCAAGAGAACUCGAAUCUGCAAAAUAUAUGCUUUUCUGACAAUUGUAUUGUGAGGAUGUGAGACUGCUCUGUGCCUUCCUUCCAUCAUGACUUCCACACGAGCACUUUGAGGCGCUGGAUUUUAAGAUAAUGUUUUUGGCAAACUCAGUGCAUUUGGGUUUCUGAAAUAUUUCAUGGACUUACUCCCCUCCCCUAAGAAAUUAAAUUAUUCUUAUGGAAAUUGCUUUUGUAUGCAGAGCAGGACCUUUUGUACUCAGUGAGGCUAUGGGUGUGUCUAACGUAACUUUCGGUAUUCCCUGUGAACGCGCUCCGGGCCUGUGCUGCGACUCUCUCACAAUAUUGUCAAUUCUGAAAUGUAUGGACAUUUGACAGACUAUUCCAUUCUCUUUUGUAAAAUGUAACUUCAAGCUCUUUAUUAUUUUGUUUUGUUCUAUUGCUUUAUGAAAACGUUUGCCCCUCCCCCACCCCAGGCUCCUCUAGCUUAUCUGUAUAAAGAACCAGUUACCUGCGAGACUGUACUCUGGCCUCAUUUUCUAUUUUACAAUUAAAUAACUUUCCACAUA